AUGAUGAGUAAUAUUGAUCUACCAGACACCAGUAAUCAGAAAACUGAAGAGAAAAAUUUGACAUCAAUUUUUUCUCCCACCGGAAAUUAUUUAUCACCAGCUUCAUUAGACGGCAGAACUCCCUCUAUUACCGGUGGAAAUUCUAGCUCAUCUACAGGAAAUAAUCAUAGCAACAACAACAACAACAAUAAUAAUAACAAUUAUAGCAACAACGGUAGUUUAACUAGUAACACCGAUAAUAAUAGAAAUUUUCGAAACCAAAAUCCUAUUAAUUUACCAUCUCCACUAUCAUUUUUGAACGGUAGUCUUAAUCAACUGGGUUUACAUAAAAAUAUGACAACUACUUCGCCAUCGGUAAUUCUUUUGAAUUCUUCUAAUACAUCUACACCAAAUAGUAAUACAGGUAAUACUCCAUCUCAUGAGCUAAAUAAAAUUAAAGAGGAUACUUCAUUGAAACCUGAUAUAUCUGUUUCUUCUACAGUUAAGGAUCAAAAGGGUCAUGUAGUGAAGCGGAAAUACUCUAGAAAUGGAUGUACAGAAUGUAAAAGAAGAAGAAUGAAAUGUGAUGAGACUAAACCAACUUGUUGGCAAUGUGCAAGAUUAAACAGAACUUGUGUAUAUGUCUUAAAUCCAAGAAAUAAAAAACGGAAGGAUCAGAAUUCAACUGGUAGUGAAUCACAUCCUGAAAGUUCUGGGCAAUCACCAGAAAAUAUACUAGCAUCUCAAAAUGACAACUCACAAGUCCUAAAUCCUUCUAGUAGGGGACCAUCUUUAAUAGAGAAUAUGUCGGGAGAUACUCAAACCAAUCCAUUGAAUAUGAACCAAUGUGAUGAUCAUAUACCUGAUGUAACUAGUGAAGUAGCCAAUUCAGCACCAAUAAUUGGUGUGGAUGGCAUUGAUACCAAUUUAUUAAUGCAAAAUUUAAACGAUAUCGUUAACAUGAAGUUGAAUGAUGCAACUAUGAUAAAUGAGAAUAUGAAAGACUUAGAUUUCCCUGAAUUAGAUAUUCCUGAAUUAUUAAUGCCUUCUUCAAACCACCAUAGUUCUGUACCAAUAUCAUUCUUGAUGAAUAAUGUUAUACAGUUUAAUAUUAAGAUCACCUCUUUUAAGUUAGGUGGUAUGCACGAUGAAUAUCUAAGAAUAUUCUAUAAUGAUUGCUUGGAUUCGAUUGCUCCAUUUUUCCAAAACCAAGGCAACCCGUUGAGAGAUAUACUAUUAUCAUUUGCAAGAAAUGAAUCGUAUUUACUUUCCGCCAUCCUAGCUGUUGGUGCAUCUAUUUCACAUCGCGCGACUAAUAAGUCAGAGGAUGAAAGAAACUACUGUGCAUACUUGUCACAUUGUUUAAGUCUUUUAGGUGAUCAAUUCCAUAAUGAAGCGAACGUUCUGAAUAAAAUCGAACCUAUUAUACUAACAGUAAUGUUGUUAGCAUGGGAUUGUAUUAAUACCAUGAACUCCCAGUGGAGAUCUCACUUGAAAGGUGUUACCGAUCUUUUUGCUAAGAUUAACGCAGGGAAUUCUUCUAAAGUAUUAAAUGUAGCCAAGUGUUGGUUCAAAGUUAUAGAAACUUUCGCUAGUAUUAGUACUGGUUUAGGUGGUUCUCUUUUCGAUGAAGAUUUAGAUAUCAUAUUCAAUCCGUACGACUAUCAAUAUGUUGAUUCAUUGAAAUUUUUGAACGUUAUGACGCCGUUAAAUGAAUUUAACCUACUUAGAGGUCACAAGGAAGACUUUGAUUUAGUUAUCAGGGAGGUAUUAAGAGGACUGAAUUACGUAAGAAGAUGCAGGCAAGGUACAAAUGCUACACGAAAGGAGAAAGAAGCUGCUUCGAAAUCCAUUGAUUUACUGAAUUUUGGAUUAAGUUAUUUGAAGUAUUCUGAAUCCACCAAGGCCAAUAAUGAUGAAUCUAACCAGUUAAAUUUUUUCAAAACCCAAAAAAUUCUUGUAGAAAUCGAUAGACAAUUAGAAUAUGAAUUUAUUAACAAGACAGGUAUUAUACCGAGAGAGAGUCAAUCUCAUCCAGAUAAUAGUCAUAUCGACGAUAAUGCUAUCGAUAUGGUCAAAUUAAGGAAUGGUGAAACAAUUGCCAUUAGUUGGUAUGAUAUAUCACAUCAAACUCAGGUAUUAUGUUUCCUGUUGAUUGUAUUACUAAAUUUCUUAGGUCUUCCAAAGGAAUCCAUAUUGAUCCAACAAGUUAUCAAGAGGCUAAUGUCCUUCUUCAAAUUCUUAGACAGUGAUAACCCGCCUCAUAAUGCCAGAACCUGUUAUUCAAAUUUUGCCGUGUUAUAUGCGGGUCUACAUGCAGUGGAUGAAGAAACUAGAGAUAUGGUUAGAAGGUAUUACGAGAUCAAUGGUGAUACAUCAAAGAGAUUAACAGAUUAUAACUUGCACAGGUUAGAGAAAGUAUGGUAUGGUAAAGAAAGUAACGAUAAUUUGGAAAACCAAGAUGUUCUGACAUGGUGA